AUGGCAGUCGAAGGUUUCAAAUUGGCUCUCAAACGACAUGCAAUCAGCAGCUUAAUUCUAACGGAAAAGCCUGAAAAACUGCUAAACUUGGUUUUCCAAAGCUACGGCUUCGGUACCAAACCUACGCCUGUAACUCUCUCCAAUUUCCACUCUCAACCUCACUGUGCCUUUCUACUUUUCUAUGCAUUCCCUUCUCCAUUUCUCCAUCGGGGAAUCAUUCCUUUCCAACAAAUUCCAGUGAAUAUGAUGCUCGCGAAAUCAGACUCAGAUGAGACGAGUCCCAUAUACUACGUGCAGAGCCCAACGCGUGACUCCAAUGAUCGGUCAACGCAGGCCACACCGGUUUUCCAUAGCCCCAUGGAGUCGCCGUCACACCCGUUUUAUGGGAGGCACUCGAGGGCGUCGUCAUCCAGCAGGGUUUCUGGGUCGUUGACGUCGUCGUCGACAACCACAGGGAGGAAAGGGAGGGGUAAGAGGAACGACAAGAGAUGGCCUGAGUGUAAUGUUAUUGAGGAGGAAGGAGAGUACAUAGAGCUGCCUAGGAGGUUUUAUCAGUUUUUUAUUGGCGUUUUGGGGUUGUUGGCGAUCAUCUGUUUGUUUUGCUUUAUCAUUUGGGGCGCCAGUAGACCUUAUAAGCCUGAGGUCACUGUCAAGAGCCUGACGGUACAUAACUUUUAUCUGGGGCAAGGCUCAGACUUUACAGGAGUCCCAACGAAAGUGUUAACUACGAAUUGUUCAUUGAUGAUCAAAGUGUACAAUCCAGCUACAUUUUUUGGCAUUCAUGUUAGUUCAGUACCUGUCAAUCUUAUGUACUUAGAGAUUGUUGUUGCCACUGGCCAGUUGAAGAAAUAUUAUCAAUCAAGAAAGAGCCACUGCAAUGUGGAUGUGAAUCUUGGAGGAGUGAAAAUUCCCUUAUAUGGUGCAGGGGCAAGCUUAGAGGUUUCAGAUAAUGAUAGAGUUCCGAUGAAAUUAGUUUUCGAUGUCUGGUCGCAUGGAAAUGUUGUGGGGAAAUUGGUGAAGUCAAGGCAUACAAGGCAUGUCUCUUGUGCUUUCGCCAUUGAUCGUGAUAACAGCAAGCCCAUCAAAUUUAUGAAGGAUUCGUGUACGUAUGGGUGA